CACUUGCGUUUCCUAGGUUAAUUCAAGGUAAACAAAUGUUCAAUAAUGCCUUUUAAAUAUUUAAAUAUAACUGCAGCAAGAUUACAUACGUUUAUAUAGAGCACAAGUUGGAUAUUUAAACCUGGAAACGUCGGUUUAACAGAAAGUUGAAGGAUGGCUUCAUCGCGUGUGCGCCUGUGCUCGCCUCACAUGAGCGCUAGCCUUCAAGUCUGCCACUACGCAACGCUCAGUAGAGCAUCCAGGCUGCAGGAGAAGAGCGACAGCGGCCCAGUUUUUCAGUAUGUCGGCCAGCACAGAAAGCCGACCCACAAAGUGUUUGUGUGGGGGUUUAGCUUCACCGGGGCGCUGGGGAUCCCCAGCUUCGUGGUGCCGGACAGCGGCAGGAAAAGGCCCCUUAAAUACAAGCUGACCCCUUACCGCCUGGAGACUGCAGAGCAGAUCUCCUCCGCUGCUUGCGGUUAUGGGUUCACUCUCUUGGCAUCCUCAACCAAAGACGUGUCCAAACUUUGGGGCAUGGGGCUGAAUAAGGACUCUCAGCUGGGCUUUCAGCGGACCCAACACAGUCGACAUCAAAGCUACGACUACGUGUUGGAGCCAUCCCCCGUGGCGCUGCCUCUCUCUGAGCCUCAGCAGACCAGGGUGCUGCAGGUUUCGUGCGGCCGGGCUCACUCCCUGGUCCUCACCGACCAGGAGGGAGUCUUCAGCAUGGGCAACAACGCGUACGGCCAGUGUGGAAGGACCAUAGUGGAAGACGAGGCCUACAGCGGCAGCCACAUCAUUCACAAGAUAGAUGGCUUCAGCAGCAGGGUCGUCCAGGUGGCAUGUGGACAGGACCACAGUCUGUUCCUCACACAGGCGGGGAAAGUGUACGCCUGCGGGUGGGGCGCAGAUGGACAGACAGGUCUGGGUCACCACAACAUCAGCUCCAGCCCGGCGGAACUGGGAGGAGAUCUGGCAGGGGUGGAGGUGCAGCAGAUCAGCACAUAUGGAGACUGCAGCCUGGCCGUGUGCAGAGAUGGACAGCUGUACGGCUGGGGAAACUCAGAGUACAGGCAGCUGGCCUCGGUCACUGAGGACACGCAGAUCAAUUCUCCCCGACAUCUUCCCCUGAAAGGCUGCGGAAAGGUGGUUCAGGCUGCAUGUGGAGGAAGUCAGGUCGCCAUUCUCAACGAAAAAGGCGAGGUGUUCGUUUGGGGCUACGGCAUUCUGGGAAAAGGCCCAAAUCUGUCUGAAUCUUCCACUCCAGAGAUGAUUCCCUCCACGCUGUUCGGACGUUCGGAGUUCAACCCCUCCGUGGCCGUCAGCAAGAUCAGAUGUGGCCUCAGCCACUUUGCUGCAGUGACAGAUCGAGGCGAGCUCUUCGUUUGGGGGAAGAAUGUCAGAGGUUGCUUGGGCAUAGGGAAGCAAGACGACCAGUACUUCCCUUGGCGGGUGACCGUGCCCGGUCAGGUGGUGGACGUGGCGUGCGGCGUUGACCACACGGUGGCGCUGGUGAAGUCCCUCCUGUGAGCUGUGGCGGAGGAAAGGUUGGAUGUUUGGCUGAGUCCCCCCGGCUGACCUCGGAGCGCCUCGGGGAGCCGACCGGAGCUGCUCUGGAUUCUGGAGGCCAGCUGCUCUGCACAGAUGACGGACCCUCACGCCCCUCGGUCACGUGGUGUCAUGAGCAGAGUGCAGGGCAGAGGGCCACCGAGCCAACUCUGCUGCAUGAAGAUCCACGGCUCCUUCUAGCAGUGGGUUAAUCCACUUAUUUGCCAAAUGAUUAAAUGCAGUUUUUUUUUUUUUUUUUUUUCAAGCAAAGAUUGAAGAAGCUCUUUGUCUGGCUGCAACAUCGAUGCGAGGACAUCUCAGACACCACAAAGAGGAGAAUUUAAACUGGUGCACAAAACAAGACUUACUACUUGACUCAAACAAGCUGACAUCUGCUCAGCUCAGUUAUUGUUUCCUUCAGACAUUUUUUGUAUUUGCCUCAAAACAUGUAAAAGCUGCUGAUAAAUAUUUAUUAAACAUGGUAUUUGGAGAAAAAAGGGCUGGCAGCAAAACAACCUGCAAAAAAUCUGAUUAUAUCCCUCCGUCUUGCAAAUGAUGAGGUGACGGCAGUGUGCCAGGAGAGGAAAUAGGUUUUUAGGAAUUGAUUUUACAGCACGAGCCUCUGUAUCGUGAUGUGAGCGGGGAGUUCACGGAUCAACUCUGACGAGCAGCAGAGGACGAGAGGACGUCGUUAAUCUGGUCCAGAUGUGGCUUUAGGUCGCGGUGAGGAUCAACAGCAUUACAAUAUAACGGGUUUGGCUUUCUA